GCUGAAAACGAAGCCAUGAGGCAGGAAAUUGAAAGCUUGAAGGAAGAAUUAAGAGAGAUGACUGAAGUGAAAGUCCAAGCUGCUGAAUAUGGAUUACAGGUUUUAGAAGAAAAGCAACAAGUAGAACAACAUUAUGAUGAAUUAGAAUCACAGUUUGAAAGAAUGAAAAUACAACUAGACACUGCUGAGAAGGCUUUAAAUCAGCAUCACAUCACAUUUAAGAAACAUCAUGAAAGUGGAAUUCACGAUGAAGAAGAAUUUUUGCAAGAAACAGCCACCAGGGAAGAAGGACUUCGUUCCAACAUAUCAGAUCUUGAAAUUGAGCUGAAGAAUCUUAAUCAAAGUUUUGGUCACACGCGAUUAGAAAAUGAUCGAUAUAGGACUGCCAUCUCCGAGAUGCAGCUUCAGAUUGAAAAUUUGGAAACAGCCAAGCAACAAUUAAAGCAUGAUAUUCGGGAGUACAAAGUAAGAGAAAAUCGCAAUCUAUCUGAUUAUGCCGAGUUGGAAGAUGAAAAUAUUGUCCUUCAGAAACAAGUUUCUCAACUGAAGCAAGCCCAGGUGGAGUUUGAGGCUAUGAAACAUGAAAAUAAACGUAUGCAAGAGACAGCUGAUGAUCUAAACAGUCAAAUUGGUGAAUUGGGAAACCUGAAACGAAUCAUUGAAAAAAAUCUUGAGGAAGCUUUGAACUCACUUCAAGCUGAGCGGGAUCAGAAACAUGCACUGAAGAAAGAAUUGGAUCAGCGCAUGGCUCAAGAGUCCAUGUUCAAUAUCAGCAAUCUGGCUCAUCUUGGUGGCUUGUCAGAUGGGUUGAAAUUUUCUGAUAGUCUUGGCAAUAAUGAUUUUGAGGAUGAUGAAUCUCAACCUGCUUUGAAACAGAUUGAAGCUGAUUUCUCCAGUCCAAAAUCAAAACCACGUCCUGGAGCUGUUGGUGAUAUUCUUAGUGAGAUUCAAGUCACAGAAGUUCAGAAAUUGGAGAAGCUACUUGAACAAAGUGAACAUGAGCGUACCAAACAUCAAUCUGCUCUUCAUGAGACUCAAAGAAAACUGGAAGAUGCUCAAAAGGAGUUGGUUAAGUUGAACAAAAGAUCUGAAAAGAUUCGUGAAGAAAUCAGCAAUAUGGCUGCUUUGGACCUUUCUGCAGAGAAACAAGUGAAUAACGACAAAUUAUCUCUUGAAAUUGAACAGGAAGAGGAUCCAGAAAAGAAAGCUCUGCUCAUUCUGAAGAAAAAGCUUCUUGAAAAUGAAUCAGUUUGCUCUACUUUCGAGAAGGAAAUCACAGACCUCAAAACACAACUUUCGUGUCUUCAAAAUUCAAACACAAAUGGCAGAGAGAGUCAAAGUGAUGAAGCAAAUACUUUAGGAGCCACACAAGAAGAGUUGGUGAAUACAUCAGACAAUCUUUCACUUGUGUAUCAUUUGAUUUGUGAAAUGAGUGGUUCCACUCCUAACCGUGUUGUUCUAGACCAUGCCAAAGCUGCUGCUCUGUCAAGAGACAUUCGUGGUGACAAAAACAAUGAUACUUCAAUAUCAAAUGGCGAAGCCGGUGAAAAGGCUCGUGGAUCACCAUCUCGUUCCCCAGAUAAGGAAUCCAGUGAUUUACUGACUUCUCUUCAAAAUAUUAUGAAGAAGGAUGAUCCCAAUAGUUCAUGUUAUAUUCUUUCACAGACAAUAAACGAUCAAGUGAAAUACCUCCGUGAAGCUGUGGAUCACUUGAUGGAUGUCACUCGUCAAAAUGUUGAUGGUGAUGGUGAUGAUGACCUUAAGGAAGUUCAGGAACAGGUGGUCAAAUUAAAAGCCAUGCUAUCCACAAAGAGAGAACAGAUUGCAACAUUAAGAAGUGUUCUAAAGGCUAACAAAUCCACUGCUGAGGUUGCACUUGCCAACUUGAAGCAAAAGUACGAAAAUGAAAAGGUCAUCGUAACAGAAACUAUGAUGAAACUCAGAAAUGAACUUAAAGCUCUGAAAGAAGAUGCAGCAACUUUUGCUUCCUUGAGAGCAAUGUUUGCACAACGGUGUGAUGAAUAUGUCACACAGUUGGAUGAACAGCAACGUCAACUCACAGCAGCAGAAGAAGAGAAAAAGACCCUCAAUUCUUUGUUACGUAUGGCAAUUCAACAAAAAUUAGUUCUGACCCAACGUUUGGAAGAUUUAGAGUUUGACCGGGAAAGA